GAACGGGAGCGCCGCCGUCUUGGCACAGGCCAACAUCGCUGGAGCCUGAGUUUUGUUUUUCAUGACACACUCACACUGCCGAUUUGAAUCUCUCCUCUCUCCUCAUUGACUCCCCGCGGCCUACAUUCAAGCUGGGCGCGCAGAAGUUUGGACCCCACAACCAAGCCAAUAUAUUACUCGCGAACUACUCCGUAGUCCGUUGUACAGUACCUCCAGGUUAUUUUCUGUCCCUCGUCAAGGGUGUCAGCCUAAUGCGCAUCCCGGACUCUCCCCCCUCCCGGCCGCCCUCGCUCCCCUCUCCCGCAUCCCGAUGCCGCGCGUGAGUAGGCUGCGGCGCCAGCUGCGGCCCGGCGGUCGCCUCGCGGCAUCCUGGGUCAAGACUGCGGUCCUGGUCACGGCCUUCUGCCUGACGGCGCUCUACCUCUUCGCCAGGCAUUUUGGCGCCAGCGAGUCGGUCCGGCUCGAGCGCCACAUGAAUUCGGGCCCGCUGCUGCACCCGCUGAAGCCGGUCAAGAGCAGCGUCGACUGGGGUGCCGUCCAGUGCCACUAUCCGCCCCGGCAGGAGCCCAAAGGAGUGCCCCGGCCGCCCAGAGGCGCCGCGCUGCCCCGGAUCCAGGCCCGGUUUGGGAAGGAACCGGCCAAGGUGCGCAAGAAGCGCGAGGACCGGAGGAAGUCGGUGCUGCGGCUCGCCAGGAGGUCCUGGGACAGCUACCGCAUCUACGCCUGGAAGAAGGACGCCCUGCAGCCGCUGUCCCGCGCCGGCAAGGACCAGUUCUCCGGUUGGGCCGCCACCCUGGUCGACUCGCUGGAUACGCUCUGGAUCAUGGGUCUCCGGGACGAGUUCGACGAGGCCGUGGCCGCCGUGGCCGAGAUCGACUUUGGCUCCUGUACUUCCCACCGAGUCAACAUCUUCGAGACCAACAUCCGCUAUCUCGGCGGCCUGCUGAGCGCCUACGACCUGAGCGGGCGCAAGGUCCUGCUGCAGAAGGCCGUCGAGCUGGGCGACCUCAUCUACAGUGGCUUCGACACGGCGAACCGAAUGCCCGUCGACAACAUCGAUUUCGCUGCCGCAAAGGCCGGAUCCGGCCUCGUCGUCGAGGACACGGUCGUCUCGGCGUCACCGGGGACCUUGACGCUGGAGAUGACGCGCCUCUCGCAGCUGACCGGCGACCCCAAGUACUACGACGCCAUCGCGCCCAUCGUCGAGCUCUUCUACCGCGGCCAGAACCAGACCGCCCUUCCGGGGCUGUUUCCCAUGUUCGUCUCGAUGCUCCGGGAGGACGUCACAACGGGCGGCACCUUCACCCUCGGCGGCGGCGCUGAUUCGCUCUACGAAUACUUCCCCAAGAUGCACGCUCUCCUCUCGGGGGCGGACCCCAAACUCGAAACCCUGACGCGCGGCUUCAUGGACGCCGCCAAGCAACACCUCUUCUUCCGCCCCAUGGUCCCCGACAACGACGACAUCCUCAUCAGCGGCAACGUCAACGUCGACGCGGACGGCGCCCCGCGCUUGGACCCGGAGACGGAGCACCUGACCUGCUUCAUCGGCGGCACGUUCGCCCUGGCAGGCCGCCUGCUCCGGAGCGAGGAGGACGUGGAGGUCGGCGCCCGGCUCACCCGCGGCUGCGUCUACGCCUACCAGGCCUUCGCCACGGGCAUCAUGCCCGAGCGGCUGAACAUGGUGGCCUGCGAGCGCGGUGCCGGUGCCGAGCCGUGCCGGUGGGACGAGGACAAGUGGGUGGCCGAGCGGGAGAAGCGGCCCGAGUACAAGCCGCACCUGCCCAAGGGGUUCACCACCGCCAAGGACCCCCGGUACAUCCUCCGCCCCGAGGCCAUCGAGAGCGUCUUCUACAUGUACCGCAUCACCGGCGACAGCCGGUGGCAGGACGUGGCCUGGAACAUGUUCCGCGCCGUAGCCAAGGGCACCGCCACGGAGCUCGGCAGCGCCGCCCUUCUCGACGUCACCGUGUCCAAGUGGCCGCCGCCGCUGGACGAUUACAUGGAGAGCUUCUGGAUCGCCGAGACGCUCAAGUACUUCUACCUCGUCUUCUCGCCGCCGGACUUGAUCAGCCUCGACGAAUAUGUGCUCAACACCGAGGCCCAUCCCUUCCGACGGCCGGCCGCGUAGUAGCCAGUCCGGGGGCCAUGUUUCUCGGUGUGGUUGAUCCCAAGUCGUCGAGCCGUGUGUAGGAGUAGAUUCAAAACUGUUGCAUAGCAAGGCUAUAGCAGACUCGGGGGGGUUAGGUUAAGAGGGGG